AAACAUAUCCUUUCAACUACAAAUCCCACCAAGCACAGCAAAAGCAUAAAACUUCCUUUCGUACAAAGGUCGGUAAGCAUAGCAAGUUGUUUGAGGUGUUCUGGUUGGCAAUAUGGGUCGACUUGAUGGGAAGAUAAUACUACUGUCUGCAGCAGCACAGGGAAUUGGACGAGCAGCUGCUAUCGCUUUUGCUAAAGAAGGAGCCAAAGUUAUUGCUACAGACAUUGAUAAGUCUAAGCUGCAAGAACUGGAGAAAUAUCCAGGCAUUCAAAUACAGGUUCUGGAUGUCACCAAAAGGGAACAGAUAGAAAAUCUGGCCAAGGAGAUUGAAAGGAUUGAUGUCCUCUGCAACAUUGCAGGGUUUGUUCAUCAUGGAACCAUUCUGGAGUGUGAGGAGCAAGACUGGAAUUUUGUUAUGGACCUCAAUGUUCGCAGCAUGUAUCUAAUGAUCAAGACAUUUCUUCCUAAGAUGAUUAAGCAGAAAUCUGGAAAUAUCAUAAAUAUGUCUUCUGUGGCAUCCAGCAUUAAAGGAGUUGUGAACAGAUGUGUAUAUAGUACUUCUAAGGCAGCAGUUAUUGGUCUAACAAAGUCUGUGGCUGCUGACUUCAUUGAACAAGGCAUCAGAUGCAACUGUGUAUGUCCUGGAACUGUUGACACACCAUCUCUACAGGAAAGAAUUAAAGCCAGGCCUAACCCAGAACAGGCAUUGAAAGACUUUCUAGCCAGACAGAGGAUUGGUAGGAUUGCUACUGCUGAAGAAGUGGCCCACCUGUUUGUGUAUUUGGCCUCUGAUGAAUCUGCCUACAUGACUGGCAAUGAAGUAAUCAUCGACGGAGGGUGGAGCUUGUGAUUGAGCCUAUCUGCAAAUGGAAAUUCCUACUAUGAAAGGCAAAAAAUGGAGAGAAUCACAUUUCUCAGUUAAGAUAGUUUGCAAAGAUUUAAGUCACUAACAUGAUGUUUUUUAAAACAAAUUCAGUGCAUUUUUACCACUCUGUAAUCUCUCUCUAAAUUGAUCUUAAUGAUAUGCUAAUAAAUAUUCCCUAAAUAGGGAAACAUUGGAGUAAAA